CGGAUUGAGGCUGCCGUGCAAGCUGAAGCGGACGAGACGUGAGGUGGCAUGCGGGAAGGGCCUUUUCAAUGACAAUGUGGGCUUCAUCUCCUGAACGAACCAUUCAUACAUCGUUCACAUCGCUCAUAAUGGAUAGUGAACGACAGCACGGACAGUAUGCGGGUCGACAGAUAAGGUUGGCUUAUCGAAAGCACCCCGCCACAGGCCGAGAGCCGACGAUGGCACCAGGAAGCUCAGCUGGCCCAGGCUUGUGUUGCUCGCUGCCUUCACGCCCGUCGCCUGCACCACCAACGCUACCAUUCCACCGUCACAUCGCUUUCGCGACCAUCGAGGAUUGCACGUCGUUCUGAUCUAGCGCUAGACGCAAUCCCACCACCUACACCGCCGCCCACAAUGUUCGGCUUCAUCGCCGACAUCCUCACCUCCAUCACGUCCAUCCUCUUUCCCAUCUUUGCCUCCUACAAAGCCCUGCGCACCUCCGACCCCGCCAACCUCGCCCCAUGGCUCAUGUACUGGACCACCCUUUCCCUCUUUCUCCUCGUCGAAUCACAGCUGUACUUUAUCCUCUACUGGAUUCCCUUCUACUCCUGGAUCCGUCUCGGCCUUCAUCUAUACCUCGUCUUGCCAGGCAUGAAGGGUUCCCAGUUCAUCUACCAGACCUACAUUCACCCGUUCCUGGAGGAGCACGAGAGGCAGAUCGAUCGCAUGAUCAGUGAAGGCCACGAGAAGGCGAGGGCGGCUGGCAUGGAUGUCGUGAAGAAGGGUGUGGAGUACAUCAGAGUGAACAUGCUAGGCCAGGAACCGAGGAGGCCUAGUCCGCCGCCAAGCAGGAACGUCAGCUAUGCGACACACCUCAUCAACCGCUUCAGCAUGCCGAGUGCGAGGGAAGGACUUGCGGCGGCAGGGACCAGCGAUCUAUUCAGUCUGCUCGGCAAGGCCUUGCAGCAGACGACUUAUCCAGACGCGCACUCGCGGGAAGACCAAGCGCGAGACCUGGCCAACUCCGGCACUCUCAUUCCACCAGAUCUUGCUGGUGCUGAGCGCGACGAUUUCGUCAACACGCAGCGGGAGCGCCUACGUACGCUUCUGCAGGCCUUCGACGCUGAGGCUUUUUCGUCUGCGGGUGCGGCGACUUCAAGCGCGCAGCCACGCUCAGGCCUGCCUCGGCAGCCAUCGUCUCGGAAGUCGUACCUUGCGCCGCAAGAGCCGACGGGAGGCUACAUGCACAAGUCACGCUCAGAGUCGGAGUUUGAGGACCUUGGAUAUGAAACCAUGCCUGAUCCGGAGCAGUUCAGAGUCUACGACGAUCAGGACCCGAAGGCGAGGACGGUGGGCAGGCCAUCGAAGGACAGUCCGGCGUGGAGUAACUGGAUCUGGGGCAACUACGGCGAGAAAGAUAGCGCGAUCAACACGAAGAAAGAUUUGUAGGACCGGAAUUGUUCAGUGCAUUCUCAAUCCUGUAUGACAUACGGCUGGUUACGUGGGUGGCGCUUGAGAGUGGCGGCGCUGAAGCGCCGGCGCAUAAGGGCACAGUAAGCUGGGGCUGGGCAUGUAAGGUGGCAGCUAUCAAUAUAACGUAUCCACGUAGGCUCUUCGUCUGUACCUGAGCUCGCUGUUCAACCC